UCAUUUCAAGGGUGCUCUGCUGUAUUGUUGUUCGUAAAUAAUAUAAUCCAGAAUAUUAUCGUUUGCGAAGUCUGUAUCCGAUUAUUAUACCGUAAAACUGGCCGCAAUAAUAAGUUACGCCAUGCCAGAGACGGUGGAUGGAGCAGAAGUGCUCAAAUCGAAGCGGCCAUCAGACUCCGCCUUCAAGCAGCAAAGGCUUCCGGCCUGGCAGCCUGUCCUUACGGCAGGUACUGUUCUGCCUGCCUUCUUUUUGAUAGGUAUACUUUUCAUCCCAAUCGGUGCCUUGCUGUUGAUUUCUUCAAAUUCGAUCAACGAGUUUGUGUACGAUUACACCCACUGUAAACCGGACAAUGACAAUCGAACUUGCGCGGAAAUAAUCAGUGCCAGUCCGGACAUGAAUUGCAGAUGUAAUAUCAAUUUCGAGCUGGAGAAAGACUUCCUCGGUAAGGUGUACAUGUACUACGGGCUGACGAAUUAUUAUCAAAAUCAUCGGCGAUACGUCAAAUCGCGCGAUGACGAUCAGCUUCUCGGGCGACUGUCGUCGACACCGUCGAGUGAUUGUGCUCCUUUUGCGUAUGUUGACGACGACGAAGGAAAGCCGAUAGCGCCGUGUGGUGCAAUUGCUAACUCCUUGUUCAGCGAUGAGUUUGAGCUGCAUCUGGUGGACGGCCGCCCCGUUCCUUUACUGAAGACGGAAAUUGCUUGGCCAUCUGAUCGGCAGAUUAAAUUUCGCAAUCCGGAAGGGGAUCUGAGGACCGCAUUAAACGGUUUCAAACGUCCCAAGGCGUGGCGGCGCGAGUUGUGGGAGCUCGAUCUAUCAAACGAAGAAAACAAUGGAUUUCAGAACGAAGAUUUGAUCGUAUGGAUGCGCACAGCAGCCUUGCCUACGUUCAGAAAGCUUCAUCGUCGGAUUGAUCAUUCCGACGAACGUUUUCAGGAAGGUCUGCUGAAGGGCAAUUAUUCUCUGUCCGUCACAUACUCCUACUCCGUUACUGAAUUUGAUGGAACGAAAAAGUUUAUAUUAUCAACAACAUCGCUUUUGGGAGGAAAAAACCCAUUCCUUGGCUUCGCUUACAUCGUAGUUGGUAGUGUUUGCUUUUUGCUGGGAAUCGUUCUGCUUAUUAUACAUUUGAAGUGCAGUAAAUCUAAUGGUGGCAUCAGCAGCGUACAUCAACGAUCAACAUCGCGCCCAUAAAACUAACGCUGUGAAUUGUAUUAUUUAUCGAAAGCGAGGCUUAUAUUUAAAUGAAGUAUUUUUUGUAAGUUGAAUUUGUAUAAUUUAAUGCCGGCGGGAGAUGUUUCAGGUGAUAAACAGUAAAUCUAACUAUACUAUGUUACUUAGGCAUUUGAGGAUUUGCAAUUAUAAGGCAAUCACAUGGAAGGUAAAUCUUAAACAUAUUUGUUUCAAUUAUAAAAAAAAUGUUGUGUUGAAAUUCGGGAAUCACGGCAUGCAUUUCAUUUUCAGAGUAAGUUGUUUAUAUCCCUUUUUUAUCCAAAUUGUAAAGCAAACCAAUGUGAACAAUAAUUUUAAAUCAGUAAGGAAAACAGUUACUCAAAAACCUUUUAAAACCAGUCAAACAGUUAUAAAAGGACAAUACAUGAAAUUUGAUUUGUUUCGCGA